CAUCGCAUUCAAGCUAAACUAAUUCUUCGGGUUAAUGGUGAUGUACCACAUGCGAACGGGGAAAAAGUAGCCCCGAUUAUUUUUUUUUUUUUGCAAAAUCCAGUUACAGUUUGCACACGAGUAUAAUGCUCUAUUAGAAAAGCCAGCAAGUAGAACAUAUUCUCUCUUGCAAACAACCAUCAUCAAAAUGCUUUUGAAGAACCUUUUACAUUGACCAAAUGGUUACUUUCAACAUCAAAUCUAUCCGAUUUGUCAUUUAAGCCAAUGCUGUUAACACACUUUUUGUGAGUUUCAUACCUACAUAGGGUCAUUACAGGAAUCGCUGUGUACUAGAGCUAAUUUAGCUUCAUUCGGCUGUGGAGAAGUUGCUUCAAGUUUCCCGCAGUUUUGAGACUCCAGAGCUUGAUGCCAUCAUGAUUUCCAGGGAAAUGCCAAGCUCAAAGACGCAUCCCUGUCUUUCCAGGCCAAAACAGGGGUUUCUUGAAGGUUUGGACCCCCUGGGUACCCCCCAAAACCGCCUAAAACACUACCAUUUUUUAUGUACUAAAGCCGAAAAUCAGCUCUUUGGAGCGCAUUUUUAAAGGUCUAUCUCCGGAAUAUUAAAACAAUUUUGUAAGAAAAGGUUUCAAUGUCUUAAUUCUUGAACUAUAAGAAUAAACGCUAAUUUCUGGGCGGUUUUAAAGGGCCACCCCACCCCCCUUCAUAGUAGGACAUUCAAAUUUCCCACUCUUUUUGACGGUCAGCUGACGAGCCAAAUUGGCGCGAAAAUUUGAGAAAAAUCGACGAAAAAAUAGAGAAAAGAGCCAAAAAUUAGUGGAAAGUUUGUAAAAAGAACCUAUAAUGAAACCCCUGUUCAAUCUUUCUGGUCGCCCUGGGUAUGAAGUGGGGUUGGUGGCUUGGUUCAGUCGCAAUUUCAGACGCCAUAUUCGUGAUUCUCAGUUCGUCGAGUGAACAUCUCUUUGAAAACCUUUUUGUUCAAGACACUUUUUGAAACUUUCAAAAAGUUAUCUUGUGUUUCGUGCAUCCAACUCAACUGUGCUCAUGUUGUCCUCGUUUCUAGAACACUUCAGCUUGGUUUCCAUGCCAGAAUUCAUCAUGGGGAGCUACUUUUUCAAAAUGAUGUCCAAGGCCGACGAUGAAAUGGCCCAGCCUCGAACUUUGGAGGAACUGCUCCGGGAUUUUAGCUCGACUAAGAUUGCCAAGGAGACAGAUCUCAACCAAGUGGUUGAAUCGAAAGUGUGGAGCCACAAAUUUCGGGAGCAUCUUCGGAAGAACACAAUGACGGACGAGGAGACCCUUCUGAAGUUUCUCGUCCUGACCCAACCAUUACAAGCCAAUCAUGACAUUUGUCUCAAUAAGAAGAGGAAACCUUGUCUGAGCAAGAAAGAGACAGAGAUCCUCGUGAAACGGGCUGUGAUGGAGUUCUUCUCCGAGAAUAGUGAGGAACAAUUGUGCUUGUCCAAUCAAGAUCUAUUCCAAUCCUUAUUUGAGAGCUCAAAGCGGCUUGCCCGUGGUGGAAAAGUUCACAAAGACGACCUCACGUUGCUCCUCACGGCCAGAACAGAUUUGGAUGUUUGGUACGAUGGACUUGAACCCGAGUUCAUGAGGUUCAUCCAAAGGAUUGGACCUUCAGCAAUUGCCUGCAUUCUAAGUAUUUUGUAAAUUAGUUAAACAUCCAGUUUUCUAGCUCUAUCCCCUCAUUUCCAAACCUUGUACAAAUGUACAUACUCAAUUACCAAAACGGAAUAAAAGAGUAUUUUACCACGAAUCUGAAAUCAUAA